AUGACGAAGAUCAUCUUGGUGACCCUCUGGUGUGACUUAUCCCUGGAAGAACAGCAAACAGGAGAUGCUGCUAUGGCAAAGAAACAGCGCCUGCAGUGUUUUGCGCAUACGCUUCAGCUGGUGGUGGGAGACGACCCAGUCUACCUGAAAGCAGCCGCCUUGGAUCCAGCCUUUUCUCUGCUGUGGGUGGAGCCUCAUGUUCUGGUCAAUCGUGACAUCAAGGCAGAGGUGGCACAACAAGUUAAAGAAUUGAUCCUGCAAGAUGCUGCAGAGACUGAGCAACCUGUGCUUCUUGUUGAUGAAGAGGAAGAGGGCCUUGGUGAAGGAGAAGGGCUGUUUGCUGCAUACCAUAAGAGGCAGAAGAAGGAUGUCGGGACCUCUCCAGCACUAGAGCUAAGUCACUACAUAGACAUAGCCGAUGGACAGAGCGCCCUUUUGUUCUGGGCACUGAACAUGAAGACUCUUCCUUCACUCUUCCGAGUGGCCAUCAGAGCGUUAGCAGUGCCUCUCUCUAGUGCUCCGGUGGAGCGAGUUUUCAGCCACGGUGGCGUCAUUCUAUGCCCCCAUCGUGCACAAAUGACUGACAGACUUUUGGCCAAUUUGAUCUUUUGCAAAUGCAAUGCAGCAUAG